AUGUGCGAGUUAAGUCGUGCUUCAGUUACUGUGGCGGCGCUGGUAGCAAAUUUCGAAGGUGAGGACGAUCACCUUAGCGGAAGAUCUAUGCGGAUCUCCAAAUCAGGAAGACGUCCGCCUGCACAUCCGCAAUCCACCAAUACUUCCGCCAUUUAUAAUGGAUCUAGUCAUCCAAUAAGGAAACAAAGGUCCGGUACUUUUAUAGUGCAAGAGUCGGAAUGUUCAGUUACUGUUACUUUGCCUAUUUCUUCACCUAAGAAGAUGGUGGAUUCAGAAGAAUCUUCAGCUGAAUCGCGAAUUGGAGGCUCUUGCUCUCCGUCGCCGAUUGUGCAGCAAGAAACGAGCACUACUAGUGAAUGUUCUGAAGAAGACACAUCUACAUGUAGCGAUGCUGAUUUCACAUGGAUCUGCUCCCAACCGGAGUCGAGUCCUCCGCCAAACUCAACUAGUCACAAAUCAAAUACUCAAUCGCAUCAAAAUCUACGUAAAGCAGGCAGUUCUUCGCCUUCAAAUGCUUUGCAGCAGGUAAAACACAACCAGGAACCUACUGCGCGCAGUUGUGGAAGUUUAGACCGAAGACGUCCGGCGAGCAGGGCUUUGCGCGACCAAAAAUCGCGUUCGACGCACACUCUGCGGUGCGACAAUUGGAGCGACUCGACAAAUUCUAGAGAAAGCAGGUUGCCUCUUAUC